CACAUAAACAAAAUGCAUCCGUGAACAGCACUGUAACAGCAUUCCAAGAAGAGAGAAGCCAAGGUGUGAUUGCUAGUGUUCAAAAAGUAGCUUCCAGUGAAAACAACUCAAUGAAUUACAAUGAAGUCACAAAACAAGGAAGUCCAACCAUUAAUCACCAGGAGAGUGACCCAGUACAUCCACAUCAGUCAAAAAACAUCAUUGAGUAUGUAAAAGUACCGAUGAACCAGCACUGGGCUGAGUCACUACAGAAUCUUCCCCAGUUAUUAUUGAUCAUCAUUCUCUUACUAAUAAUUGGUGGGAUUGAAGUCAACCCUGGUCCUCAAACACAGGGUAAAGAUAGUGCAAAAACAGCAACCCACUUUGAGACUUCAGUCCUUGAACUUUUACGUUCAUUACUCAAUUCCGAAAGAAUCAACUUGAAUACUUCAACCCCCCUGGGACUCAUUGAAGAUGUUGUGACCAAACAUGGACUGACAAUUGUGGACAAUGAGGGCAGUGGUGAUUGCCUGUUUCAAGCCUUGUCCCAUCAACUGGCCUACACCAAGACAGCCAAUAUAGAUCACAUAGAUUUACGAGAGAAGCUAGUAAAAUAUGCAAAGCACCAUCCAUUACUGCCAAAUGGAGAACAUGUGACAACACAGUUUGACACUACCAUCAUAGAUGACUGGACACGGUACAACGCAAGUCACCUUGAAAUAAAUGACGAUGAAAAAACAAAGCUAGCAUGGUAUACAGAGUCCUACAUGAACAAGCCGGGGACUUGGGGUGAUAAUCUAAUGAUCUGGGCAUUUACUCAACUCUUCGAUGUUGAUGUUGAAAUUUUCUCUCAGGGGUCAGAGAAUUCCUACAAAAUAACUGCCAAUAAUAACAGCGAUAACAAGGUCAUUGUUCGGCUCGGGUAUAUACCACAUACCCACUUUCUAAGCCUUGUUAGUUGCAAAGACAAAGAAAUUUCUGGAGGAGCACUACCUGUAGAAGUCCAUCUAUCUGAACCAGAUGCAUUAAAAGACAUUGAACAACAUUCAGAAACAUUGAAACUAGAUGAUACCAAAGAAGACAAAGCAGCUGAGAUACCAAAAGAAUUAGAACAGAUGUACAAUCUUGGGAAGAAAAUAAGCGAUUGUGACCAGACAACACAA